AUGGUUCAGAACGUGCCGUUGAUGAUCAAGGAGGCCGCCCAACGCCUGCCUGAGAUCGAGAGCAAAGACUUCGGCUCCUUCUUCGACUCCUUCGGCCAGUCCAAGGUCGUGCUCAUCGGCGAUGCGAGCCACGGCACCUCCGAGUUCUAUCGUGCCCGCGCCGCCAUCACCAGAUGUCUGAUCGAAGAACAUGGCUUCAACAUCGUUGCCGUCGAAGGGGACUGGCCGGAUGCCAAAGUGGUCGACCGCUACGUGCGGCACAACCCGGCCAAACAUGCAGAGACCAACACAAAGGAGAUGGAUGUCUUCAAUCACUUCCCACGCUGGAUGUGGCGGAACACCGAGACGUCGAGCUUCGUCAAUUGGCUCCGCAAGCACAAUGCCUCCCAGCCCGUGGAUCAGCGGACCAUGUUCGCCGGUCUGGAUCUAUACAGCAUGGGAAAGUCAAUGCGCGCCGUGCUCGAAUACCUCGAUCGCGUGGACCCGGAGACAGCCAAGCUUGCGCGCAGCAGAUAUUCCUGCCUCGAGCCGUGGGCAGACGAUCCGGCUGCGUACGGCAGACAAGCCUGGCUCAAGCGUGCUGCUCCCUGCGAGAAAGGGGUAGUGGCAAUGCUCAAGGACCUGCUCGCGAAGCGCCUUGAACUCACGAAGCACGACGGCGAAGACUUCUUCAACGCGGAGAUGAACGCACGUCUGAUCAAGGACGCCGAGGGCUACUACCGCAGCAUGUACUACGGCCGAGACGACUCCUGGAACCGGCGAGACACCCACUUCUUCGACACCCUCGUGCGACUGCUUCAACAUCGAAAGGGGGGAAAGGCCGUGGUUUGGGCGCACAACUCGCACGUUGGCGACGCAAGAGCUACGGGCAAGAGUUCACGGGAUGAGCUGAAUGUCGGACAACUAUGCAAGGAGCAGUGGGGUUCGAGCUGCUCCAUCAUCGGUUGCGGCAGUCAUACUGGCACAGUGGCAGCAGCGGACGAGUGGGACGGUCCGAUGGAGGUCAUGGAUGUGAAUCCAUCAAGGGAGGACUCAUACGAGCGGCUCAUGCACGACACGCGUGUUCCAAGCUUCGUGCUUGACCUUCGAGAAGGGCACUUGAAUCCGACACUCAGACAGGCUCUGCUUCAGCCCAGGCUUGAGAGGUUCAUUGGUGUCAUCUACCGUCCUCUGACGGAACGCAUCAGCCAUUACACCAAGGCGAAUCUGCCCGAGCAGCUGGAUGCUUACGUUUGGUUCGAUGAGAGCCGUGCGGUCAAGGCAUUCGAGACGGCUCAACCUGACGAGCCGGUGAGUGCUGGAGAGACCUAUCCGUUUGGUCUCUGA